UGAAUCAAAUAUAUCGAUAGAUGCUUCCUUCUACAUGCGGCUCUGAAACAUAAUGUUUUUUCUCUUCUUGAGGAAAAUCACACAACAAUCAUCACCAUUUCCAUGGAUCCAGCUCCUCAGAAAACUCCGUCUCUCCACUUUCCGACGUUUUCCCACCUCCCAAGCACCCCAAUUCCUCUUCCCAUCACCAAUACUCCAACAAUUCCUGCCCACAACGAUGACAAGACACUUGAACACAUACCAACACCCCGAGAUUCGCCGCAGUGUUGAGCAUUUCAACGUUUUGAUUGAUGGGUAUUGCAGAAAUGGAGAGAUAAGCCGUGCGGUGGAGCUUCUGGAGGGAAUGAAGACUGAGGGCCCAGCUCCAGACAUCGUGACAUACAACACUCUGAUGAACGGGUUCUGCAAAAUUGGCGAUUUAUUCACUGCCAAGAAACUCAUGGGUGAGAUUUCGUUGGUGAAUUUGGAACCUAACGUUAUUACUUACACUACAUUGAUUGAUGCUUAUUGUAAGAGUCAGUGUCUCGAAGAUGCACUCUAUAUGUAUGAUGAAAUGACUGUGAAAAGUUUGGUGCCUGACGUGGUUACUUAUACUUGUAUUAUGAACGGGCUUUGCAAGAGUGGGAAGGUCGAGGAGGCGAAAUCGGUUUUUAGGGAGAUGGAAGAGGUGGGUGUGGUCCCGAAUCGUUUUUCAUACGCAACUCUCAUUGAUUCGCUCUUUAAGGAGGGGAAUGUGGCCGAAGCAUUUGUGCUUCAAGGUCGAAUGGUUGUUCGGGGAAUUGGGUUUGAUGUGGUUGUGUAUACUGCAUUGAUGGAUGGGCUUUUUAAGGCUGGGAUGGCCAAUAAUGCUGAGGAUAUGUUUCAGGUGCUUUUGGAGGAGAGUCUAGUUCCGAAUUGUGUUACAUAUUCUGCCUUGAUUGAUGGGCAUUGCAAGUUGGGAGAUGUGAAUAAGGGGGAGUUACUGUUGCAAGAAAUGGAGGAGAAACACAUUUUUCCGAAUGUCAUUGUUUAUUCUUCUAUAGUUGAUGGGUACACCAAGAAGGGGCUGCUUAAUGAAGCCAUGGAUGUCAUGAGAAAGAUGGUGCAGAGAAAUAUUUUGCCAAAUGUUUUUGUUUAUGGUACAUUAAUAGAUGGAUAUUUCAAAGCAGAUCAACGAGGAAUUGCCCUUGAUCUAUUUAAGGAAAUGAAGUCAAGAGGAUUGGAGGAGAACAAUUUUGUAAUUGAUUCUUUUGUGAAUAACUUAAAGAGAAGUGGAAGGAUGGAGGAAGCUGAUGAGUUAUUUAAGGAUAUGAUGUCAAGGGGCUUGCUACCUGAUCGUGUUAACUACACUUCUAUGAUGGAUGGCUUCUUCAAAGCGGGAAAAGAGUCGGAUGCUUUUAACAUUGCCCAAGAAAUGACAGAGAAAAGUUCUGGUUUUGAUGUUGUUGCCUAUAAUGUCUUAAUAAAUGGUCUGUUUAAGCUUGGAAAGUAUGAAUCAGAAUCAUUUCAUACUGGAAUGAGACAGUUGGGUUUGGCUCCAGACUCUGCUACAUUCAACACCAUGAUCAAUGCAUACUGCAAAGAGGGAAACUUAGGGAAUGCUUUAAAACUCUUGAAUGAGAUGAAGAGCUAUGGGUUGAAGCCCAAUUCAAUCACUUGUAACAUUCUGGUGCAAAGGCUUUGUGCAGCUGGCGAGAUUGAGAAAACAAUGGAUUUGUUGAAUGAUAUGUUGGUUAUGGGGUUUCACCCUACUCCAACUACUCACAAAGCUGUCCUUGAUGCAUCUUCAAAGAGUAGAAGGGCUGAUGUGAUUUUGCAUAUGCAUGAUCAACUUGUAGGGAUGGGGGUUAAACUCGAUCUGUCAACUUAUAACACUCUUAUUAGUACCUUUUGUAGGUUGGGAAUGAUCAGGAGAGCCACUUUAGUAUUCAAAGAUAUGAUGGGAAAAGGCAUUUUAGCAGAUAUUAUUACUUAUAAUGCCCUUAUACAUGGAUAUUGCAUAAGCAGCCAUUUGAAGAAAGCUUUUGCUGUGCAUUCUCAAAUGUUGACUGAAGGAGUUUCUCCAAAUGUUGAAACAUACAAUAUCCUUUUAGGGGGCCUCUCAGCUGCUCGGUUGAUUAAAGAGGCGGCUGGACUAGUUAAUCAAAUGAAGGAAAGGGGCUUGGUCCCUAAUGCUACUACUUAUGAUAUUUUAGUUUCUGGCCAUGGUAAGAUUGGAAAUAUGAAGGAAUGUGUAAAACUUUACUGUGAAAUGAUUACCAAAGGCUUUGUUCCCAAAACUAGAACCUAUAAUGUGCUUAUCAGUUGUUUUGCCAAAGGGAAAAAGAUGAGUCAGGCUAAAGAACUCAUGCAAGAGAUGCAAGUGAGAGGGAUCCCACCUAAUUCUUCGACUUAUGACAUUCUAAUCUGUGGAUGGUACAAACUAUCUAAGCAGCCAGAGCUGAACAAGUCAUUAAAACGAUCAUACCAGGCUGAAGCAAAAAGAUUAUUUGAAGAGAUGAAUGAGAAAGGGUUUAUACCAUGUGAAAAUACCCUUGCUUGUAUCAGUUUUACCCUUGCAAAACCAGGAAAGAAGGCUGAUGCUCAGAGGAUUUUAAACAAACUGUACAAGAAAAAGGUUAAAUGAUAGUUGGGUGAAAAGCAAGGACAAAAACUAGUGCUAUGGGAAAGCAAGCCUCUGUUGUGGUGGAAUGCUCUACUUUAUUGUAGCCUGCAGCUCGCCAAAUACUUCAUUGGAGAUUAUACUCUUAAAUGCUCCAUGUAUGGAAGUUAUUUCUUUUUCUGACUGGGCAGACAGUCCAAGAGCUUCUGGCUGGAGUAUUGUGGGAAAGCAGGGAGAGAAAGGGCAAGCCUGGACAUAAAAGACAUGAUGUUGAAGAGGAAGAGGAGCACAUGGUUGUGAGUCCAUUGCUAGAAACCUGAGGCUCAACAUGUACAAUGAGCCCAUGGACCCUAACAGUGAUGACAACAAUGAGAGGUUUAGUCCCCAGGCUAUGAAGAAACAGGCAAUGAUUUAAAUAGACAUUCAAGAGGCCUGAGAGCUGCUUAAGAGCUUUGCAUAUGUGGGCGGUCCCUUGAGGAAAUGCCUUACAGAGACUUGAUGCUGCCUUCAAAUGGGUGACUGGCAUCUACCAUGUUCCAACAAAUAUUGCUGGCUCCUCCAUGAAUACAGGAUCAUUCAUGAAUUGAUGAACCAUCUUAAAGAAGUGGAAAGCAAGGACAGACAUGCCAGAUUUGAAAAGAAGCAGAUUGUACAAAGGUCUGGGCUAGAUGAAGGUGAUUGUCCGGAUGGAUGAUGUGAAAUAGGAUGGCAUAUUACCCCAGAAGCUUAAUGCUAUCGACAAAAACCUGUUUCAGGAAACGUUUAUUCUGGUCUCGUAUGCUGGUACACUGUCCUGCAACGAACCGAUUUCAGUUGAUUGUGGCAUCAAGGGGUUCACUGUAGAAGGUAUACGUAUAUAAGUUUGUAAACCAUGAACCUCUUAAGGGCAUGUUUGGUUGUGAGAAAGUAAUAGGGAAAGGGAAAAAUAUGUCAAAGAAAA